UCUUAUCACUAGUUUUGCGUCAUAACUUAUCAAGGUAAAUAAGUUCGGCGUCUUAAAGCAUGGCUUCAAAUUGUUUAGGAUUCACUUUUUUCAAAGCCUCCAUUAGUCUUUUGAUAUUGUUAAUAGAAACAAACGGGAUUCCACUGAUCAAUAGAGAACUUCCAACACCCAGGCCAGCUAUAAAAUGCCAAUACAAAGGAACAACAUAUCUUGAAGGAGCAACAAUAAAGAGUGGUGUUACAGUGGACGGUUGCAAAUAUGCAUUGGUUUGCAACCCUGGUACUGGAACAGUAUCAACUCUGCAUGAGCCAGACUAUCCUAGGCCAACAACAACUACAACAACUCUUGGUGGACCUAUUGGUUAUUGCUUCUUCAAUGGACAUCAUUAUAGUCCUGGACAAGAGAUUAGUCAUGGUCAGUCAGGGAACUGGUGUUAUUCCACAUACUGUAGUUACGAUGGGCAAAUUUUAAAUGCUGACAACUUUAACUGUUCUCCCAAACCAACACAGACCACUAUAGCAGUGAUCCAAGUUGGUUAAUUUUAGAUUAAAAUGUUAUAUUAC